CGCUUGUUUUUCUCGCAAAUUCGUUCAAUCCGUAGACUAACAGUAUUUAGCUAAAAAUUUAAAAUGAGCUCUGCGCAUAAGGCCCUGGAACUACAGCGUCAAGUGCGACAAAACGCCGAGGAAUACCGAAAACAUGUGACCGAUCUCAAUAGGUGGCAAAAGGAAAUCAAAAACAAGGAGCAGGCCCUAAAGGAUGGUCCUGCACCGACAUGCAAUGGUAAUGAUAGUCAACCCGUGCGCAGCCAUGUGCCUGUGCAGAACUUGAACAAAGAAAAAUCACCAUCCAACAACAGUGGAAGUGCCAUAAAUAGCCCCGGCGGAUCUACGGCAAGCACACCUACUGAAAAACAAGACUUGCCAAUGGAUCCCCUGGCGCAGCAGCACAAAAAGGCCAAUGAUAUAAAAGACCGGGGCAACAACUUCGUUAAGGUGGCAGACUACGACAGAGCUAUUGAAGCAUACACUGAAGCGGUUUCAGUCUAUCCAUAUGACUCCAUAUACUACAUUAAUCGAGCGUUAUGCUAUUUAAAACAAGAACGCUACGACAAUUGCAUUGAGGACUGUGAUUCGGCAAUCUCACUUAACAAACUCUGUGUAAAGGCGUAUUAUCGUCGCAUGCAAGCGAACGAGUCACUUGGUAACAAUAUGGAAGCGCUCAAAGAUUGUACUACGGUGCUCGCGAUAGAUCCCAAAAAUGUUGAGGGCAAAAAAAGCUUGCAGCGUAUCAAUGAUCGUUUGCGCAAAAUUGCUACCACAAAAGGGGGUCCUAAUUUUAAUGAAGAGCGGGCCGAUUUGAUUGAUAUUUUGCCAAUAGAGAAGCCUGCCUAUAAGCGUUCUAAAAAACCACUUCAUCGUGUACCUAUUGUUGAUAUAGUUACGCCACGGGCACCUAAGGAAGAACCCAAGGAGUUACGUAUUUCCGAUGAAGAUAUUGACAAAAUAUUCAAUAGCUACUGUGGUCCCUACGUAGAGGUUAAAAAGCCAAGGGUUAAGACACUCGACAACACUACAAUACAAACCAAAGUUGAUGUUAAAGAUACGAGUUUAAUUGAUGAUAAAUCAUUUUCUUCUGCUAAUAACAAACAAGAUAUUAUACACAAACAAAGUGUUCCCCACAGUAAAAUAGUUCCGGAAAAAAUUGUCCAUGCAAACACUAAAAAAAAUAAUAAUCCAACUGAGAUUGAACAACAAAACGAUCCAACAUAUGAAAUACGCACUCUACCACCUGCACCGACUGGCACGGCCCAAUUCUACAUCAAUUGGAAGGAACUAUCUGCUGCUCAAAAAUACCAAUAUUUGAAAUCCAUUGAUUUGAAUAAACUUUGCAAGAUACUAGGCGCUGGAUUUGAUUCCGAGACCCUGACCGACAUAUUACGGACCCUUAAGGAAUACUAUAUUCCCAACAAUGAGCCCACAACAGCAGGAGUUUUAUUGGAAAUGAGCAAGAACGAUGAGUUCACCAUUUUGGCUAUGCUUAUGUCAACGGAAGAAAAGAAAAUGGUCUCAGCUAUUAUGGAUGCAGUACAAAGCUCUCCUGAAGUCAAUCCAACACUGUUGUCCACGCUCAAAAAUGCCUACAAUUUAGUUUAAUCGUACUAUGAAUGAUUGCUUUAUAGCAUAAAACAUAUUCCUGUUUCUAAAACAUUUAAUUAAACAAUGUACCUUAAAACAUGAGUUAGUACAACACAA